AUGCCCAGCGCCACUACCAAGGACGUCCGCGUCGCCAUCAUCGGGGCUGGUAUAACCGGCAUCACCCUCGGCCUCGGCCUCCGCGAACGCAAAGUCCCCUUCACCAUUUACGAGCGCGCUCCUGGGUUUCGGGACAUUGGCGCAGGCCUCGGCUUCAGUCCCAAUGCUGAAAAGGCGAUGGGGUACCUGUCCAAAGAUGUUCUGAAAGCUUUCAAGAGGGUGGCAAACCCCAACGGAGAAGACUACUUCCAGUGGGUCAACGGGCAUUCUGAGGAGGGGGAGUUGAUGUACAAGAAGUUCGUGGGCAAGGAUGGGUUUCAAGGGUGCAAGAGGAGUGACAUUUUGGACGCGUGGGCAUCACUGCUGCCCUCUGGAUCGGUCGAGUUUGGAAAGGAGCUCGAGGGAAUUCGGGAAACGGACAAUGGGGUGCUGGUCAGUUUUAAAGACGGGAGUAAGGUCAAUGCCACUGUGGUGGUGGGUUGUGAUGGAAUCAGAUCUCAAGUGAGGCACUACGUGCUGGGAUCGACGGGGAAGAAUCUAGUGAAGGCGGCAUACCCGGGAUACUCGCAAAGGUUUUGCUACCGGUCGUUGGUCCCGAUGGACCAGGCUGUCCAAGCGAUUGGGAAGUACAAGUGCUCGACGAGGUUCAUGUACAAUGGGCCAGACUCUCACAUCAUCACAUAUCCCGUGGGAAACAGCUCCGUUUUAAACGUACUGGUUGUCAUCUCGGAUAAGAACAGGGAUUGGCCAGAGGGUUUGGUGGCGCAAGGAAGACAUACCUGUCAGGGGUCCAGAAAGGAGGUGAUUGAUGCACUUCAGGGAUGGAAUGAGACGGCCAGAAACAUUGCUCAGCUCUUCCCGGAUGAGAUGGAAAAGUGGGCAAUCUUCGAUAUGGCUGAGAACCCAGCGUCCACUUAUAUCAGAGGAAGGGUGUGCCUUGCUGGUGAUGCGGCGCAUGCCACUGGCCCUCAUCUUGGUGCUGGGGGAGGGCUUGGGAUAGAAGAUGCAUACUUCUUGGCCACAUUAUUGAGCCAUCUCAACGACAAGCUGGAGGCGGGGUCUACUUCAGUCAAAGACGAGCGUGCAAUUGUGGAGGCUGCACUGAAAGGAUACAACGAUGCCCGCUUUGAGAGGACCCAGUGGGUUGUCCAGGCGACUCGAGAGGCCGUGGAUCUUUUUCAGUGGCAGGAUCAAAGAGUCGGCAACGACAAGGUCAAGUUUGGGGAAGAGAUAUCUGCCAAGUUUGAGAGGAUUUGGAACUACGAUGUUGUCGAGGAAAACGGGAGAGCAGCCAGUGGCUUUUUAUGCGACAUGGGCGCAGAUUCAAAGUAG